AUGACCCAGCCAUCAGAGGACUAUUAUGAUCUCGGAGAAUAUCGUCGUGCCGUGAGCACAGUGAAUCAGGAUGCUCAGAUUUGGUUUAGUCGCGGCCUGAUUUGGGCCUACGCUUUCAAUCACGAGGAAUCCGUCCGAUGUUUUGAAAAAGUUGUCGAGCUGGACCCGACAUGUGCCAUGGGAUACUGGGGCAUUGCCUUUUCCCUAGGACCUAACUAUAACAAGCCGUGGCAGCAAUUCGAUGGACAAGAUCUCGUCUCUACUACGACGCGCGCCCAUCGCGCGAUCUUAGAGGCGAAGAAACACGCUCCCGCUGUGACACCAUUGGAGAAUGCGCUUAUCGAUGCAUUGCAGCAGCGGUAUCCGCAAGAACAACCCGCAGAGGACUGUUCAGAUUGGGAUAAGAACUAUGCCGAGGCAAUGACAUCAGUAUACAAGGAUUACCCGGAUGACCUGGACGUGACUGCUCUCUACUGCGAUGCGCUGAUGAACCUGACACCAUGGGGUCUGUGGGACAUCAAAACGGGCGAGCCUAUGCCCGGCGCGAAACCCCUCGAUGUGAAGAAAGCGCUAGACCGAGCUCUUGAAGAAGACGAUGCAUUCUACCACCCUGGUAUUUUGCACCUUUACAUCCAUCUAGUGGAGAUGUGUUCUACGCCUGAAAUCGCCCUGUCAAUAGCCAGUGAACUGCACGGUCUUGUCCCUGAUGCUGGUCAUCUGGAACACAUGCCCUCCCAUAUCUAUAUCCUCUGUGGGGAUUACAAAGGCGCCGCGGCUGCUAACUCCGCUGCUAUUCGCGCAGACGAGAAGUUCCUCGCGACCCAGCCCGUGGGCCAUACCUAUAACCUCUACCGUGCACAUAACUAUCACUUCAGGAUGUAUGCCGCCAUGCUGGGCGGGCGAUCGAAGGUCGCUCUUGAAACGGGCGCGCAGCUCGCGAGCAUCAUUACCGAGCCUCUUCUGCGCAUCGAGUCUCCGCCGAUGGCCGACUGGCUGGAAGGGUUUGUCGCGAUGCAAAUGCACGGGUUCAUCCGCUUCGGCCGCUGGGAGGAUAUUCUUGCUUCGGAGCUGCCGGUCGAUGCGGAGCUAUAUUGCGUCACGACUGCCAUGAUGCACUAUGCAAAGGGUGUUGCGUUUGCCGCUACAAGUCGUGUCGUGGAGGCGGAGGCAGAGCGAGAACGCUUUCUGCGAGCCAUGAAGCGUGUCCCCGCUUCGCGGAUGCUGUUUAACAAUCGCUGUAUCGAUAUUCUUGGCGUUGGCGAGGCGAUGCUGGAUGGCGAGAUUGCUUAUCGUCGCGGCGAGUACAAUACUGCGUUUUCAUACCUCCGGGAUGCUGUUAAGCGGGAUGAUUCGCUGCCGUAUGAUGAGCCAUGGGGCUGGAUGCAGCCGGCUAGGCAUGCGUUGGGCGCAUUGUUGCUGGAGCAGGGCCGUGUCCAAGAGGCUGCUGAUGUAUACGCUGCGGACCUGGGGAUUGAAGAUACAAUACCUCGUGCUUUAAGGCAUCCAGGAAAUGUGUGGGCCUCGCAUGGCUAUCAUGAGUGUAUGGUCAAGCUCGGUCGGAAAAGUGAGAUUCAUACAUGGGCCCAGCUGCUGAGGGAGCGCCUAGCUUGGGCGGAUGUGCCUAUCAAAUCCUCGUGUUUCUGUCGGCUGAGGACAGGAUGA